AUGAAUCCACUAAGAAAAAUAGCCGUCUUUGUUUGUAUCGGAUGUUUAAGUACUUCCAUAGUACAAAGGAAUGCUGCAGAAGAAGCUGAUCAGGGAGUGUGUCCGUUCUCGGGCGAAGCGGCUGAAGAUGAACCUAUGAGCGCGAAGUAUCAGAAACCGCCGGACCACAGCAAUUCUGAGCCGUUUAAGGAAGGACGCCGCAAUAAAGUGCAUCCUGACAUAGAAAUCCACACAGAGGAAGAGAUAAAUCAUCCAGUACUGGGAAAGAUGAAGCUUGUAACUAUACCCGUGCCAAAUACACACACAGGGGAAGACUUCACCAAAGGGUAUAUGCUCUUCAACGACGAGGAAUCGCCUGAAGAAAGAGAAGAACUGGACUGGCAAUCGGGGACCGGAGAGUCACCGGAGAAUGACGGCGGAAAACAGAACGAAGAUUUCUCCAGCUUCGCAACAGAGCCAUUGGACAAACUCGGCAGCCAGCCGAACGCCGCCAGCUGCAAAGCGUGCGCCAAGGAUUUUCCACACCCCUACGUAUCACGUGAACACUGA